UCUGCUCCCCUUCAGGGUAGAACUUUCUCCAUAUUGGAGUUGUGAAGGUUUGUAUUUCUUAUUAAGGAGUUGAUAAUCCUAGUUCAGUGUUCCUUCAGGCUUACUGGAUUAAUCAAGUGCUCUUCUUACAGCUCCACUAUGAACAACUGUCUAUUGGGGGAGGAGGGUUGUACCUAACAUUUCUACCUGUCUAACACAUCUUCCCCUCCUGUUCCCUCUCCCCCAUGCACACAGGGUACGUAACUCGAGUAUGUCAGGUUCGGAGAUCCCACCUGCUUUUUAACCAUGAAGGAGACAGACCGGGAGGCUGUGGCAACAGCGGUCCAAAGGGUUGCUGGGAUGCUUCAGCGCCCGGACCAGCUGGACAAAGUGGAGCAGUAUCGCAGAAGAGAGGCCCGGAAAAAGGCCUCCGUGGAGGCCAGAUUGAAGGCAGCUAUCCAGUCUCAGUUAGAUGGGGUGCGCACAGGCCUGAGCCAACUCCACAAUGCACUGAACGAUGUGAAGGACAUCCAGCGGUCCCUGGCCGAUGUCAGCAAGGACUGGAGACAGGGCAUCAACACCAUCGAGAGCCUCAAGGACGUGAAGGAUGCUGUGGUGCGGCACAGCCAGCUCGCUGCUGCUGUGGAGAACCUCAAGAACAUUUUCUCAGUGCCAGAGAUUGUGAGGGAAACCCAGGACCUCAUAGAGCAAGGGGCGCUCCUGCAGGCCCACCGGAAGCUGAUGGACCUGGAGUGCUCCCGAGACGGGCUGAUGUACGAGCAGUACCGUAUGGACAGUGGGAACACUCGUGACAUGUCCCUCAUCCACAGCUACUUUGGGAGCACGCAGGGGCUCUCUGACGAACUGGCAAAGCAACUGUGGAUGGUGCUACAGAGGUCGCUGGUCACCGUCCGCCGUGACCCCACCUUGCUGGUGUCAGUUGUCAGGAUCAUUGAAAGGGAAGAAAAGAUUGACAGGCGCAUACUUGACCGAAAAAAGCAAACUAGCUUUGUUCCUCCGGGGAGGCCCAAGAAUUGGAAGGAGAAUAUGUUUAAAAUCUUGGACAAAACUGUAAUUACCAGAAUCGAGGGCACACAGGCUGACACCAGGGAGUCUGACAAGAUGUGGCUCGUUCGCCACCUAGAAAUCAUAAGGAAGUACGUCCUAGAUGACCUCAUCGUUGCAAAAAACCUGAUGGUUCAGUGUUUUCCUCCCCAUUAUGAGAUUUUCAGGAAUCUCUUGAGCAUGUACCACCAGGCCCUGACAAUACGGAUGCAGGAGCUUGCAUCGGAAGACCUAGAAGCAAAUGAGAUUGUGAGCCUGCUGACUUGGGUUUUAAACACCUACACGAGCACAGAGAUGAUGGGAAAUGUGGAGCUGGCCCCGGAAGUGGAUGUCAGCACCCUGGAGCCUUUGCUUUCUCCAAAUGUGGUCUCUGAGCUCCUGGACACAUACAUGUCAACUCUCACUUCAAACAUCAUUGCUUGGUUGCGGAAAGCUCUAGAAACAGACAAGAAAGACUGGAUAAAAGAGACUGAGCCUGAAGCCGACCAAGAUGGGUACUACCAGACAACACUCCCGGCCAUCGUCUUCCAGAUGUUCGAACAGAAUCUUCAAGUUGCUGCUCAGAUAAGUGAAGAUUUGAAAACAAAGGUACUAGUUUUGUGUCUUCAGCAAAUGAAUUCUUUCUUAAGUAGAUACAAAGACGAAGCUCAGUUGUAUAAAGAGGAGCACCUGAGAAACCGGCAGCACCCGCACUGCUACGUCCAGUACAUGAUCGCCAUCAUCAACAACUGCCAGACCUUCAAAGAAUCCAUAGUCAGUUUAAAGAGGAAGUAUUUAAAAAAUGAAGUGGAAGAAGGCGUGUCUCUGAGCCAGCCAAGCAUGGAUGGGAUUCUGGAUGCCAUUGCAAAGGAGGGCUGCAGCAGCCUACUGGAGGAGGUCUUCCUAGACCUGGAGCAACAUCUCAGUGAGCUGAUGACAAGAAAGUGGCUGUCGGGAUCGAACGCUGUAGACAUCAUCUGUGUCACCGUGGAAGACUAUUUCAAUGAUUUUGCCAAAAUUAAAAAGCCGUAUAAAAAGCGGAUGACGGCGGAGGCACACCGGCGCGUGGUGGUGGAGUACCUGCGGGCUGUUAUGCAGAAGCGCAUCUCCUUCCGCAGCCCUGAGGAGCGCAAGGAGGGCGCCGAGAGGAUGGUCCGGGAGGCCGAGCAGCUGCGCUUCCUGUUCCGCAAGCUGGCGUCUGGAUUUGGCGAAGAUGCAGACGGGUACUGUGAUACGAUCAUCGCUGUUGCAGAAGUGAUUAAGCUGACAGACCCAUCCCUGCUCUACCUUGAAGUCUCGACUCUGGUCAGCAAAUACCCAGACAUCAGGGAUGACCACAUCGGCGCACUGCUGGCCUUGCGAGGGGAUGCCAGCCGUGACAUGAAGCAGACCAUCAUUGAGACACUGGAGCAGGGCUCCACACAGGUGAAUCCAAACUAUGUGCCCAUCUUCAGGGAAAUCAUAGUUCCCAGUCUGAACGUGGCCAAGCUCCUCAAGUAGCCUUUCAGUCUCUGUCUGACCUGUGGUUGGGGCACAUCUUCAUCCCACGAUCUUCAUUCCAUGUGUGACAUCCAGUGUGACUCAUGGUGCCGAGAGCAAGGCUGCCUGACCAACAGGUGCUCUGGUGGCGUGUUCUGACCCUCUCAUCUUGUUGUGGCCCAGCUUUGUGGGCAGGAUCCUGGCUGACUUCUGGUUCACCUCUCAUCUCCCUUCUGUAGUGUCAGCACUUCUGAUGCUGCUGUUCAAUAAAAGUAAACGCUGUGGGAAAU